CAUUGCUCGCUCUCAGCAGAACACACAAGCAGCAAUGAGGAUCCUGGUGUGCGUGUAUUUGUGCGGUCUGGCCCUGUCCGUCCUAGCUGAGGAGGAGCAGACGGUGAAAGAGAAGCGAGGACUCUCCGGUUCGCUGGGUGGCUAUAGUGGCGGCUAUGGUCUGGGAGGUGGCUACAGUGGUGGCUACGGAGGCGGCUAUGGAGGUGGCUAUGGAGGUGGCUACGGAGGUGGAUACGCUGGUGGACUCGGAGGCGGCAUUGCAGGCGGCAUCGGAGCCGGCAUUGGAGGGGGACAGCCACAGAUCACUGUCAACAGAAUCCCUGUCCGGGUCCCAGUUCCUGUGGAGAGGAUCGUUCGAGUGCCUGUGAAGGUCCCAUUCACGGUAACUGUGGACCGGCCUGUCCCUGUGCAGGUGCCUCAGCCGUACCCUGUCCCUGUGGACAACCCUGUGCCCGUCCCCGUCAAGGUCCCCACCCCAGUGUCUGUCCCAGUGCCUCAGCCCUACGUCGUUAAGCGUCCAGUGCCCUACAUCGUCAGUGCUGGCCACGGUGGUAUCGGAGGAGGCCUUGGCGGUGGUCUUGGAGGAGGUUACACCGGUGGCCUUGCUGCAGGAUAUGGCGGAGCUGCCGGUGGCUUUGGAGGACUUGGGGGCUACGGAAAGUAUGGCCACUGAGUUCUGGAGCCAAACCCAACAACUUGACCCAUACAUGCCACCAGUAUCCAUAGUAAUGGAAUGUAAAAUCUUUAAAAAAUAAAUUUUUCACAAUAAAAA